AUGAAUGUACCUUAUCAAAAAAAGCUACUUAUCGAGAGAGAAAUAGCGCGACCGUUCAUCAUUAAAGCAUCGAACAACAACAAAAACAAACAAAUUCCCAAUCUUCCAUCUGAAUUAAUCCGCGAUAUUUUCUUCCACCUUAAAGAUGACAAAAAAACGCUAUCGGCUUGCACACUCGUGAAUCACACUUUUAAUUUGCACGCGACGCCAAUCUUGUAUCAAACUGUAACAUUUACGUUCCCGAAUACAUUUGUUUUAUUCGCGAAUGCAAUUUCCGGUGAAUCUUACCGAACCUCUCUGAUUAAACAUUUGGAUUUAUCGAGUUUCUCAACUUUCGGUCUGCAAAAAAGUCACUCUGAAACUGAAACUCAAAAAUCUGUCACCCCGCAAGCACUGAUAAAUAUUUUGAAAUCAACUCCAAUGCUCGAGGCAUUUUCGGUUUCGGAAUCAUUGGAAUCAGCCAUCACUAUCGAUGUCUUACGGACAUUGGUAUCCGAGUGCAGGAAUCUUAAAUCGCUCGAUUUCUGUGGUUGUUCGAGCAAACAAUUCAACGACGCAAUGAAAGAUCUCGUCAAAUCGCUUGGACUUGUUCAAAUUGUCCAAUUUCAAACUUCUGCUGACUCCGAUAUUGAAUACGGAUUCCAACGAUUACAACCUCUUCUCCCGCAUAUUAAACGUCUAUCACUUCAUGAAUGCCUGACUCUCUCGGAACACGAAACAAUUCUUCCAUUGCUCGCUCAUAUGCCAAAUAUUACUCAUUUGGAUUUAGGCGGCUGUUCAAUUUCCGAUUUAACUCUAGAAUUUCUCGAAACAGAAACAAAUACAAGCAACACACUCUUACAACUUUCAUUAGCUAAAUGCAAAAAUAUUACUUCAGAUGGCAUUUCACGAUUCGUGAGUCAAUGCAAUCGACUGGAAAAUUUGAAUUUAUACGGAGAUACAAUGAUCUCCGAAUGGGAUCUCGUCACAAUUCUAAGUUCUCCUUCUGCCGAAAGUCUACGCUCCCUAGACAUCGGAUUUUCACAUAUUACUCAACGUGUGCUCAAUGCAAUAAAAAAGCAUUGUUCUUCUUCUCUUCAGAAUCUCGGGCUCGCCAACGCAGAAAUCACAACUCCAGCAAAUCUUUCGACUUUUCUCAUAUCAAUGCCACAAUUACAAUAUAUUGAUCUUAGUAACAUCCCAUGUCUAAAUCCGCUGAACACAAAUGGACUAAUGUUUAAACUACAAAAAGAUUCGAAUAAUCAAUUGCACACGAUUGAGAUGAGUGAGUCGUUGCUGAAAAAAAUACAAGCAGUUAAAGACUGGAAAAUUGAUCAGAAUUACGGUCGCCGUUGGUAUUACGCAAAAGAGACUCGAAUUGGAAUUCCUCAGGCUGAUCGAGUGCACAAUCGAAAAUUGGAUGUGGUUGGGACUGGCGAGCACGCGAUGAGCAAAAUCUAUCAAUAUUACAGCUUUGGCGUCUAG